AUGGCAGAAUCAACCGAGGAGCGUGGCGUCAUCUACCACAUAGCCUCACCCGCUCCUCGCAAACGCAUGCUCACAAGGCCGAGCAUAAUAUGGCAGCUGCAGGGCUUCGACCAAACAGGUUCUCUGCAGGAAACGCUCAACUUUCACUCUGUCAGCAUCUGGGUCUCGCUCAUCUCACGAGAGGUCUGCAGGCUACGAAAGACAGGCAGGGGCUCUCCCGCCGUGAUCCUCACCCGUGACUCAAUGACAGCAGAAGAUGAAGCGGCAUCAACAAUAGUACAGGAAGUAUUGAGUGGUGUUGUUGCAGCUGGAAGUUACUAUAAUCGCCCUGGAAGCUGCUACAGACUCUUUGGUUGGGUAUGGACUCGCCAUAUGGAUUGCAGAAUCAUGAAGCGUGGUGAAGAGCUGUUUGAGAUGCUGGUCAACGACCAUAUAACGAUGCAUCUGCAAGUAGCUGGAGGAGUACGAAGCGUACCAUAA